CUCUCACCACUUCACCUCCCUCCUCACUCUCAUUCACAUACUUUUCUCUCUCUAAACUGCAACUCUUUUCAUUUUCUAUCUCUAGAAUUCCAAAAUAGGGAUGUGAGCUUGCAUGUUGCAAUGUGUCACUGACCUGAUUUGGACCCCUCGUGACUCACCACGUUCCCCAUAUAACACUGUAAAUCCAUCCCCACAUUACUGCAAUUUCAGAGCAAAAAGCAACAAUCUUUGAGCAAAUUCGAUAGAAUUUCAAAGAAUUUCAAGAAAAAAAAAAAUGAGCUGCAUGAAUCUGAGUUCAUGGGUCCAAUUCCAGACCUGCUCAAUGUUGAAUCAAGCAGGCAGAUCCAGAUCCUCCCAAUCCUUCCACCUCCUCCACCCCCUCAAAACCACCAUACCCAUAUCCUCCCCCGCCCCACACCACCGUCGACGCACCUCCCCUUUCGCCGUCUCCGCCGUCCUCACCAAGCAAGAGACCCUCACAGAGGAAUUCGACGAAGAGUCCCCGAAACCCACCUUCAAUUUUAAGUCCUACAUGCUCCAGAGGGCGGAAUCCGUCAACCAGGCCUUGGACGCCGCCGUCUCCCUCCGUGACCCGAUUACGAUCCACGAGGCGAUGCGGUAUUCGCUUCUGGCCGGCGGCAAGCGGGUCCGACCAGUCCUCUGCCUCGCCGCGUGCGAGCUCGUUGGUGGGUCGGAAUCCAUGGCCAUGCCGGCGGCCUGCGCCGUUGAGAUGAUCCAUACCAUGUCGCUGAUCCACGACGACUUGCCAUGUAUGGACAACGACGACCUCCGCCGCGGAAAACCCACCAACCAUAAGGUGUUCGGCGAGGACGUCGCGGUCUUGGCCGGCGACUCUCUCUUGGCCUUCGCAUUCGAGCACAUCUCCCUGUCUACUGUCGGCGUGUCGCCGGCCCGAAUCAUCAGGGCAGUCGGGGAAUUGGCCAAGUCAAUUGGGUCCGAAGGGCUCGUGGCCGGGCAAGUGGUGGAUAUAAACUCAGAGGGGUUGUCCGAUGUGGGACUCGAACAGCUCGAAUACAUCCACCUGCACAAGACGGCGGCGCUGCUGGAGUGCUCGGUGGUUCUGGGGUCGAUUCUGGGAGGUGGGUCGGAUUCCGAAAUCGAAAAGCUGAGGACUUUCGCUCGGUACAUUGGAUUGUUGUUUCAGGUCGUCGAUGACAUCCUCGACGUGACCAAAUCUUCCAAGGAAUUGGGGAAAACGGCAGGGAAGGACUUGGUGGCUGAUAAGGUGACUUAUCCGAAGCUGUUGGGGAUCGAGAAGUCGAGAGAGUUUGCAGAGAAACUGAACAAAGACGCCAAGGAACAGCUCGCCGGUUUCGAUCCCGAAAAGGCGGCCCCCUUGAUUGCUCUGGCGAACUACAUUGCUUACAGGCAAAACUAAAGACACCCCUUUGUUGUACUGUUAAAUUUAAUGUUUGUUCGUGGGAAUUUAGAAUGUCUGAUCCGCAUGUUUGUGUUGCAGAACUGGGUAAGAGUAGACACAGAGUUGGGUCAAAUAUACACAUUUUUUCUUCUCCUUGUUCAGUCCGUGUCUUUACAUUUGAUUUAAGUGAAAUUAAUUUGUUUA